AUGGAAGUAAUCAAAGUAAUUGAAUCGCCCGAAAUUGAAUCAAUGGUUCGUGGAUCAAAAGGACUACAGCUGAUUUCGAAUAUGCUCAUAGAAGAAUGUAGUCUUGUAGUGGGAAUGAGUUACGAAAGAAGUGGUGUAUUGUGGAUUGAGGAUCCGAGGAGCUAUAUGAUUUAUAUAGUUGAUUCGGCAGCCCAUCGUAGAGCCCUCUGGCUUACAAGGAACUAUUUUGAUUCUGAAGAUUUAGCGGUAGGUGAUCUGCAAGCAAGGCCUGUAUGUUCGCCCGUACGUAUCGCGACCAGGAGUCGGAUAAUUUGUGAAGCUUUUGGGGGCACCAGAGGCAUGAGUAACUGGAUUGCUAAAGAAGUGUAUAUAUACGCGAAGGAGUGGGUUAGGAAGCAAGUGACUAAGCAGCAGGUGAAACCGAGCUCGGAGAUCUCUGUAACUGCCAACAAAUUUCAAGCGUAUAUUCCGUAUGAACAGGACGAGCGGCAUGAAACCCAAAUUCAUGGGACGAUUAGGUAUAGACAAAAUUCUUGGAGGGCUAACUGCAAGAAAUUGGUCUGCUUUGACACCCUGGGUGGGUGGAAAAUGUCCCGUUCACAUCUAGACCAUAUUCAGUCACCAGAUAUGCCAAAAUAUCUAGAUCGCGCGUCGUAUAUCCAAGAUCGGUAUGGAGCAUAUCAGUGCGAAAGAUUCGUUCACUAUAGUCCAGUCUUGAGUCUCUUUUGGAUCGUACUCCAUUUUAUGGUCAAUAAGACGAACCAAUUCGGUUUCUUCUUGAUCCUAAGGUAUUUCAUUAGGUACCUUGUAAAUCACAUUCAUCCACUAGGUGAGCCAGGUAUGACCAACCCAAUACAUGCACUGGAAAUUCGCUUGACUAAUCCGUAUUCUUGCAGACAUUGGCCAACCAUUUACGGAGGAGGAAGAGGCGGAAAUUCGCUUUCCAUGCAGCAGCAGUUUCGCAUCUUGUCAACCGCUCGGAGUCAUAAACACUUCCCAAUAGCAUUCGAAUUUUACCUUGAGAGCCCCCUUCAAUAUCAAACUAGCGAGAAGCUGGAGCUGAUGAAAGAAGGAAGGUUUAGGAAUGUGACAUUCCCCAUCACGAACGCGUAUCGAGAGAAAACGAUACUUAUUCUAGACGAUGUCUCUCCGAAUUGGCUCCAAACAGUGAAACAGUGGUUCAAGCUUGUUUACCGUCUUAGCGCAAUCAGUCAAGCUGGGAGAUGUGAUGAAACGAAUCUAGAAAUCGCAUUUAUUUCCCUCCCCUGCCGGAUUGGCCUGAGAACAAGGAAAGCUUUAUCCAGACUUUUGCGCAACCAGCUUCCGGACGACGAUUUUCUGACUAGUUUCGUGGUUCUGAAACAUCGAGCGCCGGACCGCGAUCCUAUGCCGACUCCAGAUCUGACGGACAAGAAGAUACCUUCUCACAAGGGCUCCUUGGUUGUUCUUACUGGCUUGGACCAUCAUCGGGCCAUCGUCUCGACUGAGUCAGGCAUCGUCACUAUGCCUACCAGCGAUACCAAUUGGGCCGGAAGUACGUCAUCAUGUGGUUGGACCUCGGAGAUUUCUGUAACUGCAAACACUACUUCUACCCCUGGCUGCCUUAAUGAACAUAGCAAGUACAAUAUGAUUGCUACUCUGCUUGAUUACUUUGCCGCUGAACCUGGAGCCACUAAGAUGUUUCUCGACAUCCAUCUACCAUAUCUUGGCAAUCUUUUUAGCGAAGUACAGAUCAAACAAGAAACCCCACCGCCGGAGACAAUCCUAGAAGUCUUGAAGUGGAGAAUAGCAUUUACGGCUUCUUUGAAGCUCAACAAGCGGCUUAACAGUCUAACACGAGCUAUGAUAGACUACUGA